AUGAUAUUGGAUCAUCAGCUGACGCCCACCAUCACUCCAUUGUACGGAUUUACCGAAGAUAGCAUCACUCCGAAAGGAAAGAUAACACUAGCAGUGGAGAUGGGGGAAUCACCACGAACAACGACGAACUUCAUGGAGUUCCUCAUUGUUGACAGCAGGUCGGCCUACCAUGGGGUGUUGGGCAGACCAGCCCUGAAGGAACUGGGAGCAGCAGAGCCUCGGGACAUCCAUGUAGUCAUAGCUGAUGUGGUCAUGGCUGACGUCCUAGGUGAUGCUCUCACCGAACAAGAAGAUGUUGAUAUGAUCGAUGCACCACCUAAUGCAGAGGUGCUGGUCAUCGAUGAAAUUGACCCCCGCAUCAUGGAACACGAGCCUCAGGCAUCUCCAGUAAAGGAACUUGAGAGCUUCUCAGUAGACCCCCGAGACCCAUCAAAGGUGUUGAAGGUAGGCAAAUGCCUAGCCAACAUUUUGAAGGAAAAGAUUAAGGAUUUCCUGAGCAAGAAUCUUGAUGUCUUUGCCUGGAAGUAUGAGGACAUGGUAGGCAUAGACCCCAAGGUCAGCUGCCACCACCUAAAAAUUGAUCCCAAGGUCGCCCCGCAUAGACAAAAAAGGAGAGCUCUCAACCCUGAAAGGUAUGAGGCCCUAAAGGAAGAAGUUCAGAAGCUCAUCCAAAACGGCUUCAUCCGAAAGGCAACCUACCCUAGAUGGGUCUCCAACCCGAUUUUGGUAAGGAAAAACAACGGCAAGUGGAGGGUGUGCAUUGACUUCACCAACCUCAAUAGAGCUUGUCCGAAAGAUAGUUUUCCACUCCUAAGGAUUGACCAACUAGUGGAUUCCACUACUGGCCAUGAGUUGUUGAGCUUCAUGGACGCCAAAACAAUGGAGGUCUACGUGAACGACAUGCUAGUAAAAAGUUUGGAGGCCGAAGACCACAUAAAGCACCUCAACAGCACUUUUCAGAUCCUAAGAAGAUAUAGGAUGAGGCUCAACCCCCACAAGUGCGCCUUCGGGGUAGCCUCCGGCAAGUUCUUGGGGUACACGGUCAACCAACGAGGAAUUGAGGCCAAUCCCGAGAAGAUUGAAGCUUUGUGCAAGAUGAGGUCCCCCCAAAAGUCGAAGGAGGUGCAAAGUCUCACCGGGCGAUGGACCGAGGAAUGUGAAGAGGCUUUCCAAUGCUUGAAAAAGCACUUGGGGCAAGCCCCCCUCCUUUCCAAACCUAAGCCCAAUGAUAUCCUACAACUAUAUUUGGCCGUCUCUAAUGAGGCCAUUAGCUCGGUUCUGAUACGGAAAGAAGGGUCUACCCAACUCCCCGUGUACUACACAAGUAAAGCUCUCCUAUCGCCGGAAACCUGUUACCCCGGUAUGGAGAAGCUCGCUUUGGUACUCCAAAAGCCUGACGCCUCAGGAAAGUUAUUGAAAUGGGCAGUAGAACUCAGUGAAUUUGACCUUGUAUUCAAGGCUAGGGCAGCCAUAAAAGGGCAAGCCUUGGCUGACUUUGUGGCCGAAUUUGCCAACCUACCCGAGGUGGACGAAAUCAUGGAACCUAUCGAACCCCCCACGUGGAAUCUUUUCAUUGAUGGGUCAGCUGGGGAAGUUGGCUCCAGGGCUAGGGUUGUUCUCAUCAGCCCCGAAGGUCACAAGCUCACCUCGGCGGUGAGGUUCGGAUUCAAAGCUACCAAUAACGUAGCAGAGUAUGAGGCACUUCUUGCAGGCCUCAGGCUGGCCACCGAAAUGCAAAUCCCUCGCAUCGAAAAUGCACAUGUUGAUGCACUAUCAAAGCUAGCUAGCAGCAAGGACUCAGAGCUACUCACAGUAGUACCUAUUGAGUACCUCCUCCUACCUUCGAUCGAGGCCCCAACAGUAAUGUGGGUCGUUGGGACUCCCGCUUGGAUGCAACCAAUCGUAGCAUACCUCAAAGACCAGUGUGUCGGAGGAGAAAAGGCUACCUACAUAUUGAGGGAAGUCCACGAGGGCGGGUACUACUGGCCCACACUAAAGCAGGACGCCCUCGAGUUUGUACGAAAGUGCGAUAAAUGCGAGCGCUUCUCUCCGGUGCAGCGACAACCAUCUCAGGAGUUGACCACCGUCUCUAGCCCCUGGCCUUUCUCAAAAUGGGGUGUGGACCUCAUAGGUUCCCUACCUAAGAGUAGAGGAGGGGCAAGUUUUGCAAUUGUGGCUAUUGAUUACUUCACGAAGUGGGUCGAAGCCGAACCACUGGAAAAAAUCACUGAAGCCAACAACUCCAAGGCUCGGCAUAAAGAAGCGCUUCUCCACACCUCACCACCCACAAGCAAACGGCCAAGUCGAGGCCGUGAACAAGACGAUUAA